AUGAAGUACAAUACCUUUCUUCUUCUCUACGUGGCCUUGCAGUUCGUGGCGUUCCUCUUGGUGCUGGUGGCAACGCCGCUGGACAUGUUUCGCCGAAGACGCAGUGUUCCGGGCUUUUCUCUCACCUGCAUCACCUUGUGGGGUUUCAAAUUUGACUGCGACUCUUCUGAUUAUUCCCUGACGUUGGAUGUUUUUUCCACUGGGUGUAUUUCUCGUGUAUAUCGCUUUCGCGCCGCACAGGGCCUUGCGGUCAUCUCCAUCUUCGUGUAUGGCGCGGCGUUCGUGGGGGGUUUGAUUUUGCUUUUCGGUUGCUGUUUUCUCCGUUUGGUCUGCCUGGCGCUGAACAUCGUUAGCAUUGCCACUUUGUGCGUUGUGUGGGCAUUGAUGGUAGUGUCAUACUUCAAGAAUGAUGGCCCCAACUGCUCGAGUCUUACUGAGGGAAACAUCUAUGGUCGGGGUUUUAUUCUCUUUGUGAUCGCGUGGAUACUGGAUAUCAUCAACACGAUCAUCCUGCUGCUGCCAUGCAUGAUCCCCGACACGAACGCCAAAGAAACAAUGGAGGUUCCGGCAGCGAAAGCUUAG